GUGAUCUAAACUAGGAGAUGAUAAUAAUUGUUUCUUGGUUUUUAGGUUAAGGGUGGUAGUGACUUAUAUUUUUGGAACGGAGGGAGUAGCAACCGGUACUCACGAACAUGCGGACUCGCGAAGAUAUAGGAAACCAACAGGUUUGCUAGUGGUAGUUGGAAAUUAACGAAGAUCGGAAGAUACUAUGAUCAUAUGAUCAUAUGCAACAGUCCGGUCCGGUUUUGAAGCCUAAUCCAGUACGUUUCGCUACCGAAGCUAAACAAGAUGGAACAGCUAGCGCGCCGCGUAAUACUCAGAUCCGAUCGAUCAAAGCAACAACUCACAACUUCGCGCGCGCGGCGCGGCUCGGCUGGGGGCGUCCGCCAUUGUCGUCGACCAUGGAGAUCGAGGGCUCCCGCAAGCGCAAGCGUACUCCCGCCGCCGCCGCCGCCGCCGAGGACCGGCUGAGCGAGCUGCCGGACUGCCUCCUCCACGACAUCCUGUCCCACCUCAAGGCCCGGCAGGUGGUGCAGACGUGCGUGCUGUCGCGGCGGUGGCGCCACCUCUGGCGCUCCGUGCCGCGCCUCGACGUCGACUGCAAGGAUUUCUGGUCGCCGCCGCCGGCGUCGACGCAGCAGCAGCAGCAGCACGCGGCUCUGUUGGCGGCGGAGUUCGCCAGGUUCGAGGACUUCGCCGACAACCUCCUGCUCCGCCGGAGCGCCGCCGCGCCGCUGGACGCCCUGCGCCUGCGCGUCGACGAGCGAUGCCAGCGCACCACCUACGGCAGGUGGGUCCGCCGCGCCAUGGUCAUGCACGCGCCGGCGGCGCUCGAGGUCGUCCGCCNCUACGGCGGCGGCGGCGCCGCGGCGCCGCUCUUCGCGGCGCUGCCGCUGUCCCUGCCCUCCGGCUGCCACCGCCGCCUCACGAGGCUCUGCCUCGACGGCGUCACCCUCCCCGCGGGGUUCGACGCGAUGCUCGCCUCGGGGUCGGGGCUCCCCGUCCUGGAGGACCUGGAGCUCAGGGCAGCCCACUACCCGUUCGCGCGGAUCGCCUCCGCCACGCUCAAGAAGCUCGCCGUCGAGCGCUGCGGCGGCGGCGGCGCGGGUGAUGCCAUUGCAAGGAGAGGGAAAUGA